AAGAAGAAAAAGAAGAAGACUUCCCAGCAUACAACACGGCGCGCGAAUUUGGAUUUUCUUAUGAAGUCAACAUAUGAAUACUGCUGAAGCUACUUUAACAUGUUUGCCUAACAGUUUAUCACUUAAAAACCUCUGCCUGUCUCUUGGACUUGUUUGUGGCUCCUGUGUUGAAGCAGUGACUAAACGAUGAGCUGCCCUGACCUGAGCAGCGGGGCGCCCAAACCAGCUGACCUCUUUGAAGACCUGUGGAGGCAGCUUGGAGAGUGCCACCAGAAUACACUGCGAGAACUGGAGGCAAAAGUGAGCAAGCUGAAAAAGGACCGCUGUUUAGAUGCUCAGAGGCUUGAGGUGUUUUACAAUCGCAACCAGCAGCUGAAGGAGCAAAAUAAAACCCUGCAGGAUGCUGUCAGCCUCCUGGAGGAAAGGCUCCGUGCAGGAGAGUGUGAUCGAUGUGCCAUCUUGGGGGAGAACCUGAAAAAUAACCAGGAUGAGAAUUUGCGCCUCGUCGCCAAACUUAAGAAUGAAAGAAACAGCCUUGAGGAUGAAAACAGAAAACUUCACACUGAACUGCAGAAACUGAAGCUGUCUCGCUCAGAGCUGAAGCGGACGUCAUCCCCAGAGCCAGAAGACGGCAUCAUCCCAGACUCACCAGUCCUGCCCAGCUCGCUCCCGGUGGCAAACAAACUGAAGAAACGCAAAAAUGUCGACACAGUGAAGUACGUUCGCUAUGCAGAGAUGCCUCUACCACAGGCCAACAACUCGCUCUUUAAGGAACUGAAUAAGGCAGGGAAUGAUGCCACAAAGAAUCCGGGAAGAGCAGAAGUGCUUGUACCCAACACAUGUGAACUGGACAUACCCCAAAUCUCAAAUGAUGUGAAUCUAGAUGCUGAAGAAGCAAUAGCAGAAACCUGUGUCCUUGAACUUCUUGACAAGCCUCCCAUGAGAACUAAGACAACUGCCGGCCAUCAAAGCAGCUCAAAGUCUCCCAGGCAUCGUGAAGUUUCAACUCAAGCAACUCCAGUAACGCCUGCCUUAAGGCGCCAUCGCUCCUCCCUUUUAUCCACGCUGAUCCACAGUCCAGACUCGACCACAGAAAUAUCCCCAUCCCUUCUCCCACAUGUCAGACGUUUUUCAGAGGACCACUCUGUUAACCGAGCAAAACGGAGGAAGGAGGAAAAUGAGCUGGAGGUGCAAGAGGAGAACAAAGAUGGUGAACAGGAAGGGGUGGACAAACAGGAGGACGGCAAACAUGAACGGAUUAAAAGAACUGCCACCACUGUUCAGUCAUCUCAACCUGGGAUUUCCAGCCAAAGGCCAAAUGUUUCCUAUACAAGUCCUGCUUUCAAGAAGCCUAGUAUUAGAGAAGCCAGCAAGGAUGGUGGUGGGAAGAGAGGAAACCCACCGCAGGAGCUGAAUGCCUCACUUGACCAACAUGGAGGAGAACAUGCUAACUGGAAACAGAAAGUGGAGCCCAUGUGGAGCAUCGACCCGGCAGUCGCCCUGUCCAUGUAUGACAGCGAGUGGAGAGGAGAUGAGGAAAAGGAAGAACAGCAGUUUCAUGGAGAACUGGUAGAUACAGACUGCACCUGGGUCAGUCACAGCUUGCUGCAGGGUCGGGGGGAAAAUGCCAGAGACAGACGGGACAGCGUGUGUGGACUCGGUGAGAAGGCGAAUGACAGUUUAGACAUGAUGUUUGACACGACAGCUUAUGGGGAGUACAAGUCCUACAACACUCCACGGUUAGGCCAGAGCCAGCCCUGUGGUGGUGAUGAUGACGACGAUGAUGAUGAUGAAGAACAAGAGGAGGAAGAAGAACAAGAUCCUCAUGAAAACACUAUGAGCCAAAUGAAAAAGAACAAAGCACAACACCCGACAUUUGCACAUGUGGCUGUAGUUCGCAAGAAAGACGAGCGAAGAAAACUGAAGGGCACGACCUGCAAGGAGUGUGAAGUUUAUUACGCUCAUCUCCCGGAGGAGGAAAAACAGAAAAAGUUGUCUGCGUGCUCCAGGCACAGAUUUCUGUAUAUUCCUCCUUGUACCCCUGAAAACUUCUGGGAAGUUGGAUUCCCAUCGACUCAGACGUGCAUCGAAAGAGGUUACAUCAAGGAAGAGACGAACCCACAGGCACGUUCUCGAAGAAGACAACCAUUCAAUGCUUUAUUUUCCCCAAAGCGAAAACAGCAGGAGAGCUAAAAAGAAUGUUUGUCUCUUUUGAAGUAUUGUUGGGAUUUGUCCAUUUUAUAGAAAAAUAAUUCAGUAUAUGAAGAACAGGCUUGUACUAGGAGUACAAUGAAGCUCUGUUUAUACAGUUACCUUAUUAAGAAUGUUGACCCUCUGACAUGUUUUUCAGUUUCAAAUCAACAAUUCCAAUUUGCUGUCUGUAUGUACAGACUCUUGGCAUUUAGUUUGUUUUUGUAAAUAGUGAAUAUGACAGAAAUACUGUGUUCUGAUAAAUAAAAGUGAAGAACUUA